AAUCCAGUUAGUUACAAGUAUUUGUAUUUUUUACUAUUUAUUUAGAUAGUUAGUUCUAGCGUUGACGUUAUAGCCAUCCUGAUCCAAACUCCGCACCAGUUGUUGGCGGUAAUGCAAACACGGUUUACCCAACCGCCAACCAAUCCUAAAGAAGACGAAGAAGAAUGCACCCGGAUGUUGAUCUCAGAAUAACAUGGCGCCGAUCGGUCGUAGAAUCAGCCGUGUCUGUGUUACGUUGACCAAGUACUAGUUAUCCCCAUCAGUCCCGAUCCACCAGAGUCCCUGGACGUCUGGAUAAAUCUCUGACGGCUCUGACAGCUUUUUCCUGGAUAUUUUCCCUCUGAAUCACCUGCCGGUAGCAUGCAAAACUAUUAAAGUUAGCUUAGCAUGCUAGCCUGAAACGGACCGAAGUUAGCAACAAGGAGAUAGUCCGAGUUUAACGGAGAGAAAACUGUGUUUUUUUAAAAAAGUGUCUUUGAUUCAGUGAAGAUGUCUAAAGUCCAUGUGCUGAGAUAUUUAGUGAAGCAGCGACUCGCGGAGGCUGCUGAAGAGAUAUUUGGGCUGUUUGAAAGAACGAUAGCAGAGUACGAGGAGGAAGCUUCUAGAUUAAAAGAGAACAACGAGCGACUGAAGAAACGUCUGCACCCUGUUUUAAACCCGAAAGUCCACAUAGAAAGAGCAGAUGUCCAGCAGCUCUUUGUGCCUAAAGAAGAGCAGCAGGAGGAUCCAGAGCCCCCCCACAUAAAAGAGGAACCUGAGGACCCAGAGCCCUCACACAUUAAAGAGGAACCUGAGGACCCAGAGCCUUCACACAUUAAAGAGGAACCUGAGGAUCCAGAGCCCUCACACAUUAAAGAGGAACCUGAGGACCCAGAGCCCUCACACAUUAAAGAGGAACCUGAGGACCCAGAGCCUUCACACAUUAAAGAGGAACCUGAGGACCCAGAGCCCUCACACAUUAAAGAGGAACCUGAGGACCCAGAGCCCUCACACAUUAAAGAGGAGAAGCUUCAAGGGCUGGGGGAGGCUGAGAUGAAGGUGUCAUUCACGUGUGUGAACAGUGAAGGUGAUAUAGAGGAAGCUUGGUCCUCACAUCUUCUUUAGAGACCAACUGAACAGAUGGUGACAGAUGGUGAUGGAGAGGUGUUUGGAGGACCAGAACCAGACAGAAUCUCGGGGUCAGAUUGUCCUCCAGAACCAGAUAGUGAUGAGAAUACUGGAGACUCUUCUGAACCUGAGACUGAGGACAGUGAUGAUUGGAGUAAGACCAAACAACCUCAGUCAGGUUUAAACUCCCAAAAUAAUGAUGACGGUUCUGUCAGUGAUUCAAGAUGUAGAACAAGUGAGAAACAUUUAAUGUGUUCUGAAUGUAAGAUAACAUUUGGUUGUAUUAAGAAGCUGAAAAGUCACAUGCUGACCCACAAAUUAGAGAAACCUUUCAGCUGCUCAGAGUGUGGUAAAUAUUUCGCCACAAAUGAACAUCUGAAGAUACACAUGAGAUAUCACACAGGUGAAAAACCUUUC